UUAAUUCACUUUCAUUUUCAUUCUUUGUGCUGACUAACUGCGACUUCUCGUCGUUUCGUCGAGAACAAGUGCAUUUGAUCUUCUCUUUUCAAACUAAACCCCACGUUACCCUGUGGGAUAAGAAAUUAAACGCGUUUGUGUGCAAACAGGUUCAAUAAAGUUUUGCAAUAUAGGACAAAUCGAAACGACUAUUUGCUAUAAUGACUUCCUUAGACAUGAGCCCCGCAUCUAAGAAACAGGUAGAUGGAUUCUCCCUAAAAAUCACCAAGGAGGCUGAACAGUUGAUCUCAAACGUCUUCCCUGAGAAAAUUGCAGAGAUGGAUAAAAUAUUACAGGGUUCCUGUAGUCUGAAGGAUCUGUCUGUCGUCAGGGCUCCUCUGGACAUCCCAAUCCCAGACCCGGCCAAAGAGGAGCUUAAGAAGAAGAAGAAAGAGGAGAAAGAGGCCAAAGAUGGAAAGAAGGGUGGAGAGAAAGGAGAAGAGGAGGAUGAAGGUCCUCCCUGUGGUCCCAUCGCCUGCAAUGAGACAGUAGAGAAACUCUUCAAGCUCAUCAAGCCUGAGAUUCAGAUUCUAAAGGAGUGUCUUAACACGGUAUCAAUGUGGAUACAGCUACAGGUCCCCAGAAUUGAAGAUGGGAACAAUUUUGGAGUUUCUGUACAGGAAAAGGUUUUUGAACUGCUUACCAACACCCGCACCAAGAUCGAGGGAUUCCAGACACAGAUUUCCAAGUACUACAGCGAGAGGGGAGAUGCUGUAGCCAAGGCUUCCAAACAGCCACAUGUGGGAGAUUUCAGGCAGCUUGUCCAUGAACUGGAUCAGCACCAGUACUGUGAGUUUCGCAUCGUAGCACUGGAGAUUCGCAACACUUACGCCAUGCUGUAUGAUGUCAUCAUCAAGAACUUUGACAAGAUUAAGAAGCCCAGAGGAGACUUAUCUUCAAAAGCGCUUAUCUACUGAGAACUGCUGCCGACACACAAACACACACAUUUGCUGAAAAGUAAAACAUGUUGUAUUGAGUUUCACAUCACACAGUCACACUGCAUUGGCUUGAGCUUCAGUUACAUCAACUGUAGGAGUUUUUACUCAAUAAAGAGUUCUGCUAAAUGUGGCAUCACUCAUGUUUUCAUUCAUAAUGUCAAAUAAAACAUUAUUUAGAUGUAUUAACUUUACAGUUUGACAAAACAGGAAAAUAACUAUCAAUAAUUGUUUUAUUUAAGUUAAAGAAAUUAAUAUUUUUAUUCAGUAAGGUUGCAAUAAAUUAAUCAAAAUUGACAGCAAAGACAUUUAUAAAGUUUUUAAAGAUUUCUGUUUCCAAUAAAUGCUGUUCUUUUAAACUUUCCAUUCAUCAAAGAUCCUGAAAGAAGUGUAUCACGGUUUACACAAAAAUAUUACGCAGAACACAUUAAUAAUAAUAAAUGUUUUUGAUUUCUGAAGGA